CACGCCUCCUGUCAGGCAUUGCAGCGCUCUGCAUACCUUUGCGUGAAGUGAUCACCCGCCACAUAGCUCGGUAACCAUGCCGAAGAACAAGGGAAAGGGAGGUAAAAACCGUCGUCGCGGUAAGAACGAGAACGAGUCGGAGAAACGCGAACUGAUCUUCAAGGAGGACGAGCAGGAAUACGCACAGGUCACAAAAAUGUUAGGAAACGGCCGACUGGAGGCGAUGUGCUUCGAUGGCGUGAAGCGACUGUGUCACAUUCGUGGCAAGCUGCGGAAAAAGGUAUGGAUCAACCAGGGUGACAUCAUCUUGAUCGGUUUGCGAGACUAUCAGGACUCGAAGGCGGACGUUAUCCUUAAGUACACCCCCGAUGAGGCCCGAAAUCUAAAGACGUACGGCGAGUUCCCGGAAUCGGUGCGCAUCAACGAAACGGUAACGUUCGUCGAGAACGAUAUGGACGACGACAUCGAGUUCGGCGACGAUUACAGCUCGUCUGAGGAGGGCGAUGCGAUCGACGCAAUUUGAUCCGCAGGCGGUCCCUAUCAUUAAAAUUGCUCCACGGUGUGGCAAGCUGAUAUAGGAGUGAGCAGAAGCACUGUUUAACAACAAACCGAACCACCAAUGAUGAUGAUGAUCAGCGAGCAUGAGUGAGUGGUUCGACGAGUUUCAGCUAAAUAUUAUUGUUUGUGUAUCAAGGGGGCUGAUGCCCUGGAAGUGAUUUGUAUGUAGGAAAAGGGAAUAGUGGCAGCAGGAAGUGAACUAUUGGUGUUGUAUAAGAAGUUCCAAAUUUCCGAUCGAGAAGAUUAUCGUUUAUAUAACACACAAACUCACAAAAAAAAUACAAAUGUGUCGUCUUUC